AAAGUGUUUGACCACAUUAAGCAAAUAUUUUUGCAAAUAAAUAAAACUUUUUUUGCUAUUUAUUUUUCGUUCUUAAGGAAUAAUUUAAGGAUUUGCUGUACAAGCAAGUUAAUGCGCAGAAAAGAUGAUCUUUUUGUGGAAAAGAAGCAAAUCUCUUUUUUGCAUUUAAUUCACUCUUUAGCUAAUUAAACAUAGCUUGAGUGCACUCUAUUUUAAUUAAAGGAUGUAAAAGCUUAUCAGGAAAAAAAGCGUUGUAGUAUGAUGAGAAAGCGGAGUGUGUAUCCAUCCGGGAAUAAUUGUUCUUCGCCUGCCAAGAUCCCAAAAUAAAAGCUGCUAAUUCUUUCCAAAAAUAUCUUUUCACUUUUCAUUUUUAACAAAAAUGAUGUUCUCGUCAUCUUCUAAGACACUCGGAAUCCUUUUCUUGUAUAGUUCACUAAUAGUUAUAAUACUUGGCUGUGGAUUACCCCCAGCUCCAGCGCCACCACCAGCUCCAUGCUGCGCUCCUCCUGCUCCACCGCCUCCCCCGCCCUGUUGUCCAUGUCCACCUCCUGCGCCUAUGCAGUCUUGUUGCCCAUGUGCAGCAGCUCCACCACCUUCUUCUCAUUGUGGUGGUUGUAUGUUUGGUGCACGCCGGCGAAUGUAUUCGUCAGCAAGUUUACGGAAGUAUUGGCGAAGCAAAAGAGAGAUUGAUGUGAUGAAAGUUAAUGAGGCAACAGCACAAAAGCUACAAUAUAUUAAUGUCACCGAAGUGCCAUGUCCGCGAGCAGAAUGGUACAGCCCAAUUCGCAAGGUAUUACUUAAACAAAAUCGAGACUUGAGGAAUGGCGUAAGAAAAAAAACACUCAAAAUAUCAGAAUAUUCUGUGGAAACAAUUAAAAAAGCUUAUUACAAUAAAAUAAACCAAAACUCAACACAACACAAAACCCCAAAAAUUUUUUAGAAUUAGACUGACUACACAAACAAUUUAAUAAAAAUAACCCACCAAACAUUCCAGGCAAUGAUCAGCGGCAAUCCUUCUGCAUCUGUUCAAUCAAUUCAAGCCAAACUUCACCACGAACAUA